AAUAUGGGUUUGUCCAGCAGGCAGGCAAACUGCUUCGGAGUCUGACAGCUAAACCUGUCCCCUGUACCACUUGCCGGCAACACAACACCGACAACAAGCUCUUCUGAUGCCAUCUUGAUGGAAAACUGUCUGGAUUUCAGUCACUACGAAAUAUUUACGAUUUGCUGCGAUGACUACAGAGUCUUUCCAUAUCACAGCGCGUGCAGAUUCCCGCCAUACGUCAAUCGGUUUCAAUAAAACACGCAUGGCCUCUAGAGGAGUUCUGUGCCGUUUCUUCAAUGCCCCACAAGGAUGCCGCAACGGGGCCCGCUGUAGAUUUAUCCACGACAACGAUGCCCCUCCUUUUGUGCCUAUCUGCAGAUUUUACGGGUUACCGAAGGGUUGCAGGUACGGGGACCACUGCAUGUACCAACAUGACAAGUCAGAGAUGGAAGAUGUAAGCAGGCAGGUCAGUGCAGAUGUCUUACAAAAACUAGAAAAUCUCUCCCUCAAAGGGAGUGAUGACUUAAUGAAGCAAUCAUGUCCUAUCCUUGACCUUCCAGACUUCGAUCCAGAUGAAGUUAGUCUUGACCCAGAAGUUUCAGUGGACAGCCUGAUGUUCACUGGUCAACUGAAAUACGACAGUUCGGUGCUCGGCAGAACCAAGUGGAAGCACGGGACUCUGAAGAUGUUCCGGGACGAGAACUCGUGGUGGUUGGGCCUGCAUUUCGAUUACCUUGAUGAUAGGGAUGACUGCAAACCAGUUCUCACCAUAGAGUUGGAGUGCAGUAUGUUGAAGCGUGUGGUCUGCAAGUUGUCAGGGGUUACCAUAUACUGUCAAUACGAAGGAGCCGAAUGCAUCAUCGACUAUCGACCCUCAGUGGCAGCCAACGUACAAGGGAUAUAUGCUGUAUUUGCAGAUAUCAUCCACCCUGAUGUCGAAGAAGUAACGGAAUCCAUCAGCACUGAUUCCAGAGUUGUAAAUAUGAAACAUAAUGAUGGUGAUGAUGAAGAAAAUGAGGAUGAUGAUGUAGAUAAUGAUGAUGAUGAUGAUGAUGAAAACAGUGAUGAUGAUAAUUAUGAUGAACAAGAGGAAGAAUUGAGUGAUGCAGAUGAUGACAGUCUUGAUGACCCAUUUGAGAAAGAAAUCAGGGAGCAAUAUGAGAAGUGGAAAGUGGAAGUGCUAAAGAUGACGACAGUACAUUGUGGUGUCUGUUUAGCAGAGUUCACGGGUCAGAGUCCCUUCGAUAAACUAAAGGACCACUACUACGACAAACUGACCCACAAAGACUUCAAGCACAGAUUCUUCAUCUUGGCUGGUUGCCCUUGGUUACAGGAGUCGACAGAGUGUGUCGCGUGCGGACGCCACUUUGGCCACGGCUGUUCGCUCAUGCAGCACAUGUUUGACAAGUCUCGCCGCGUUGAUGUCGAAGGCGAUCAACAUCGGAUGAUGACCAUGAAGGGCGUUGUAGAACCCAUCUGCUAUAAAAGGAAACUGAAGAAGCUACAAGAGGAGAUUGGUGACACUCUGCUACAGGACACUCGCGAACAAGACUUUCAGGAAAUGCUUGGGUUUGCCAAAAUAGCUUCUAGUGCUAUGCGCUGCCCAAACCUGUUCGGUGAUUCAGACUUGGACGACUCUGACGACUACGACAAGUUCAACGAAUACUUGGGCAGCGACGAGUACCAGCUUCUUUGUCAGGGGAUCAAACCCUUGGACCCUGAGGCUGGCGCUGCACUGGCGGUGCUUAAUGGGUGGUAGUUACUUGCUCCAUGACAGUUUUGUGAUCCAUUGUGGACUAGGGAUGGGAAACAUCGGCUUCAACACAGUUUUGUGGAUAAUUGUGGACUAGAGCUGUGAAUCUUUUACACUGACAGUUCAAUUGUCAAAAGACUAGGGUGGGGAGUGACAGUUUUGUGAUCAUUUGUGGACUUAGGCUGGGAAUCUUUGACACUGUGACUGUUAUAAGGUCAAAAGAAACGGGUUGGGAAUAUUUCACACUCGCAAAAUUUUGUAAAAAAAACCCGCCGGGGUUUCUGCCACUGUAGCUAUUUUGUUGUGAUUUACAAAUUGCGGCUGGAGAUAAGCUGCCUGGUGAAUAUUUGGUGCUGUAAUGUUGUAGAACUAUGAUUCAGUAUGUAAAAAUUAAUCUGUUAUUUUGUUUGUUUAUUGUGCAAGACAUAACAUUUUGCUGUUCAAUAAUACUUCUUACAUGCAUGUUGGGAUUAUGUUUCAAAAUAAAUUUUUGCAUCAAA